AUGGAAGAGAAUCGGCGGUCUCCGUUGCCGUCGUUGUCAAUCCCUUAUCCGAACUCGAUUCCGGCUGAAAAUUGGGUCGCCGGUGACGACCCGAUUCGUGAAGUGUUGAAUUGUGUUUACCCGACUCUCGACUCUGAAGAAAAGAGGAAAGACGUCAUCGAAUAUAUGCAGAAGCUCAUCAGAUGCUCGGUCGGAGUUGAGGUCUUCCCGUACGGUUCGGUUCCAUUAAAGACUUAUCUCCCAGAUGGAGAUAUCGAUCUGACGGUUCUUAGUGUUCCUAACAUGGAGGAUGUGUUACCUCAAGAGGUUCUUUCUGUUCUUCAAUCAGAAGAACAGAAAGAAAACACCGAAUUUGAACUGAAAGAUGUUCAGUUCAUUGAUGCCGAGGUCAAACUCGUGAAAUGCAUUGUUCAAGAUAUUGUGAUCGAUGUUUCGUUUAAUCAGUUGGGGGGACUUUGUGCACUCGGUUUUCUUGAGCGGGUCGAUCGGGUUAUCGGCAAAGACCAUCUUUUCAAACGUAGCAUUAUGCUGAUAAAAACAUGGUGUUACUACGAAAGCCGAAUCCUCGGUGCACAUUAUGGGCUCAUAUCUACAUAUGCAUUAGAAACUUUAGUUCUAUACAUAUUUCAUGUCUUCGGUGCAUAUCUAAAGAGCCCGCUCAUGGUUCUUUAUCGGUUUCUGGACUAUUAUAGCAACUUUGACUGGGAUCACUAUUGUAUCAGUUUGGAUGGUCCGGUUACCAAAUCUUUCUUGCCUAAUAGAGUCGGUAAGAAACGAGCCGUUAUCGACGAGGUUUCUCUCGAGAGCCCCGUAAAUCAAGGAAUGGGUGGCUUACUGAGCGGAGAAUUUCUGAAAAACUGCGCGGACAUGUUCAUGGUACCUUCUAAGGUAUCGGAAACAUAUGUGCGAGCUUUCCCCAUGAAGUAUCUCAAUAUAAUCGAUCCUCUGAAAGAAAACAACAAUGUCGGCCGAAGUGUUCAUAGAGGAAAUUAUUAUCGUAUACGGAGUGCGUUCAAAUACGGCGCUAGUAAGCUCGGUGAGGUACUAGAAUCACCGAGCGGGAAUGUUGGAGACGGGAUCAAGAAGUUCUUUGUGAACACAUUUCAGAACCAUAAAUCAAGAUACAUUCUUGAUGCAACUUUUCGCAGUUCGUCGACAUCUUCCUUUGGUGAAGCGCAUUAUGAGGACGAGAAUGCCGAUCUUGACGACUAUAUAUCAGGAACAGGAACCGAUGAUUUGUCCGCUUUCGAAUCUAUUGAAACGGUUGAUCUUUCCGCAUUCCAGUCUCUUAAUCUGGGACCGGCUAACGAGCUAUCCGAUGGGGAUAUGAAUUCGAUGGAGGGUUACUUUCUUGAUUUCAGAAAACGGGAUGCAAUUGGUGGUAUCAGUGACACCGAAAAUCUGAAUCCGUUGGCGGAUCUCACCGGCGAUUAUGAUAGUCACGUAAGGAGUCUGCUAUAUGGCCAAUGCUGCCAUGGUUACGCUUUAUCUUCUGCCUUAAUUCGCACCAGCCCUCCGGCUUCAUUUUAUGGUGGUCAUGAUCCAUGGGAGGUAGCGGCUAAUCCAUGGGAGGUGGCGGCAUAUCCAUGGGACAUGGCGGCUAACCCAUGGUCCUCACCGUUCCAGCCGAGUUCAUCGUGUCCUCAAAUGAACCCGAACAGUGCGGUGAGUCGAUACACACCAUACUUCACUGGUCACAACAUCUCACGAGCGGGUGAACCCAUCCAUUGGGAUGAAAGAAACCCAGUUCGCGGAACCGGGCCAUACUUUCCUGUUAUGAACUCCCCAAGAGGAAGGGGAAGGCACAGAGGACAGUGCUCAGCUUUCCGUCAGCAGCAGUGGGUUCGUAGGGGCCCUGCUGAAAUGAACCCGGUUCGUGUUGAGAUGAACCCGGGUCCUGUGGAAAUGAACCCGGGUUCAGAAGCUAGCCAUGAGGGUCCAGACCCAGGUGAGCAGUCCUCACCGCAAAGCCAUGGUCGGGUUGGUUCGACCAGGCCCGUGAACAGACAAAGGAAACUCGAGUUUGGAUCUUUUGGCCCUGUCCCAGAGUCGGCUUCCGAUGCAGAAGCUUCUCCGUCUUAUGUUGUAUGUGGUAGAAGACCAGGAAGGUAA